AUGGAUUUUGAAGAGCAAUUGGAAAAGGCUGAGAGACUUGACUCGCCUUCCUUAGUCGGGUCGUCUCUCAGAUCUGCAGACGAUUCACCCCAUAAUAAUUAUAUUCAUCCAGAAAAAUAUAAGGCAGCUAAAAAAGGCAAGCCAAAGACAGGAAAUUCGAGUCUAAGCCAUUUAACAGCUUCUUUAGAUGAUCUAAUGACUGAAGGUGCUCUAUUGGGCUCGGAAGAAGGCUUUGAGAACUAUUUGGAUGAUCAAGGAAAUGUUAAAAAGAAUGCUAUCUACCAACAAAAGCAAGACGCGAAAAAAAGGAAAGAGGAAAGUAAGCUUUUUGAAUCUAAAGGAAAGUAUACAUCCUCGUCUGAUAUUGACGCUGCGAAAAUCCCAACGGAUAAUCUUGCUUCAGCUAGAAAGGACUUUUCUGAUGAUGAAUCUGAAGAAGAAAUGGACAGUGGUGAAAUUGGGAGUAGAAGGCAUAAAUCCCCUUCUCAAAAAAAGGAUAGUGCCCCGGCUGCUAAGAAUUCCAUAUAUGGUCAUUCUGAUUUUUCAACCCCUAAUUUAUCGGAAUAUCAACUUGCCCAUGAUAUUAAAGACCAUAAUGACUUUCUUAACAAUGUACAAACCCGCGACCCACACCUCUUGCCUAAGUCAACUGAGAGAGAGAGAAUUACUAAAAAGGAUUCUUUUCCGACGAAACCACUUCCAACCUUUGCUGUUCCUGAUGGUCGUGAAUCAGGUGGUAGUGGUUUGAACUUUGCUGAGAGCAUGCACACGCCAUAUUUCCAUACUGAGCCCCAAGAAGAAUCCAGAUCAAGAUCUAGGUCAAGAUCUGCUGUUUCUUCUCAUGCUGAUAGGUCAAGAUCUUCGUCAGCCAGACCUCAUUUGGCUCGUGGAGAUUCCUACAAGAAUACCAAUAUUGACGAACCAUCUAAAUAUGAGUUACCGCCAGAGUUUGCUGCUUCUACCCAAGAUUUGAAAGAGGAGGAUGAAGAUAAUGACAGAUUACCAAGACAGGCUAGGCCAACAAUGGGUGAGUCCAUCGCGGCUGCAGAACGUGAAAGAUCGGAAUCUGUUACAACUGAUCCUUCAUUGGUUACAACUGGCGAUUACACAAAUUUCGAUGUAGACAGGCCAAAACCCUCAUAUGACCCAAUUAACUGUUCAUCAAGAUCUCAAUCUUCAACCAAUUACCUAAGAUCAAUUUCUCGUUCUCGGUCAAGACAACCCGAGCCAAGGGAAGAUGAGAAAAAUGAUGCUGAUACAACUGAAUUGGCAAAAGAAGGUGCUCUCCUUACAGAUGAUCCGUAUUCUGGUAUCGAUCGGUUGGACACAAUGGUUGAAGAAGUUCUUCAUUUAAAGGAGGGAGAUUCUGAAGAGAAUCACAAUUCUGAUAAGUCCAAAAAUCCUAAGAAAGUAGAUGAAAAAGAUUCACAUCAAGUAAAAAACUCCGAGGAACCUACUGAUGCCUUAAAGAAUGUAGAAAUUCCUGUUUCCGACGUCCCAAUUGAGAUCUCUAAAAAUUUAGUAUCUGCUGGCCCCGAAGAGUUGGCAGAUUUGACAGCUAACACUUCGGAUUUGAAGACGGUAAAAGAGGACGAAGAAGAAAAUUACUCGAAUCCGAAAUCUUUUAAUCAUGAGGUGCUGAAAGGGAAAGCUCACAACGAAUAUGAAAAUGCUAAUGAUACGAAUGUACCUGAAAAAGAGUUGAAUAAUCUGGGUUUCCUAGACUCGGAAGAAAAGCCAGCUCGAGAUGUAUCUAAGGAACAUCAUUCCUUUUUGGAAUCCAACGAUAUCGAAAAGGAUGGUGAUAUUGCUGAUGGACUGCCGCCGUUGGCUGAUAUCCAUUCAGAGCGCAACGUGAAAAACUUGAGUGAUCAUGAUACUCCCGAAGAUGAGAAGAUAGAAACUUUGAAGAAGGAAGAUCUCCCUUUGGAUUCAAGGGAAAAUGAAAACGCUUCAAAAUCAAUUGCAAAUGUCGAUAAUGAGAGCAAUCAAGUUACUCCAACCAUUAACCAUGAUGAAAGCAAUGCUGAAACAAAUGAGGAACAAGGUAACGCGGAAAAUUACAGUAGCGCAACUCUUGCCUCUGAAGACAAGCAAUCUGAAGAAAAUGAACUAGAGAAUUUGAAACAAGACCAUGAAUCUGUUCAAAGUGAAGUCAGCAAAACUGAAGAUUCUCAGGACAUUGAGCGAAGGGAUGACUUGGCUGAAGCUGAUCAAUAUCAUAAAAAGGAUAAGUCUGAAACUAUUGAAGAGGAUGGCGGGGUCAUUAGCAAGGAAGAAAAGUUAUCUGAUACCAUUAACGAAUCAAAAUCAAAGUCUGAUAUUACUACUUUAGAAACGGCUCCUAAAGAUCGGUCUAAGAGCAUGGAGGACGAAGAUGAUUUAGAUGCCAUUGACGUUUCUCCUGAAGAUAUACGGAAGCAUUUAGAAUCACAGCCAGUGUUUAUAUAUACAUCAUUGGCUGGUGGUAUGCAGAUAAUGAAUAAAACAAAUCGCUUAACAACUAUUCUAAAUGCUAAUGGCAUAAAAUUCAGUUAUCGAGAUUUGGGUACUGACGAAGAAGCGAAGAAGAUUUGGAGGCGUCAAAAUAAUGGGAAGACACUUCCAGGUGUAGUAAGAGGCGAUGAUUUAAUUGGCAAUUGGCAAGAAAUUGAUGAAGCUAAUGAAGAAUAUAAACUACAAGAGCUUAUUUAUGAAACUCUUUAG